AUGACGCUGUACUGUUGUAUAGAUAAUAUUAAUUUAUUUAUUAGGUGCCUCUGUUGUAAAGUGCUGCAUCAGCAGGGAUGGACAGUUCAUUAUAACUUUUUUGGACAUGGACUAAGCAUCAGUGAUAUAGCCCCCUUACCUCCCGGGAAUAAUAAUAAUAACAAUAAUGAAGAACAGGACAUACUGGUUUGCUCUACCAGUCAAUGCAUAUAUUUAUAUCAAUUGCCAUCAUUACAUUUGCUGUAUAGUCUUAAUGUAGAGACACCAAUACUGGCUAAAGGCUGGGGGCCUGAGUAUGUAUUGUAUUAUGCUGAAGUCGUCAAAAAGGACGUUGAUAAUAAUAAUGAUAAUAUCAUUGCUAUCAAGACACUGUCACAACUUCAGCCUUUACAAAAAUUGACAGUUUUAUUGUCAAAGGAAAUUUUUACUGAAGCGUUUCAAUUAGCAGAAAAAUAUGGACUAGACAGACAGGUUGUGUUGGUGAAGAAAGCUGAACUUUUGAAUCAGCGUUUGUGUGCAGCUACUAGCAAUGAUCAAAUGAAUGAAUUGUUUCAGAAUCUAAUCAAAUUACUAGACGAUGUUACAGAUAUCAUUAUUAUAUCUGACCAGAUACUUAGUUCGAAUUAUCAAUCAUUAAACAUAACACAAAAACUAUUAUUAUACAUUAAGAACAGAUUAAUAAGUAAUGAUGAUUACUCACUAAAGCAAAAGGUUUAUACUGUACUUAAUAAAAUGGCUACCUAUCAAUUAAUUAACAUACAAUACAGGUACUUUAUAUUUGAUUAA